AUGCAGCGCUCAAAUGUUCGCUCCUCACUGCUGCUGAUAUUCUCACUUCUUAUUCAUAUAUCCGCCGCCUCAGUACUCACCAUUACGAUCCCCUCGUCCAACCUUCUCCCGAACCCUGCAGUGCUUCCACCUUCAACCCAUGCCACUCUAACCACGCUUUCUCCUCAACGGGCCCUACUCAAGGCUCCCUUAUCGAGAUCCUCGUCCAUAACUUUCCAUGAUCUUCGGCCGAGCCCAGAUUCGAAAGAGCGGACGUCAUAUUUGCUAGAUAUCUACUCUCGAGAUUAUGUGUUCGCGCCGUAUCGUGUUGAUGUUGGUGCGGAUGGCAAUGUGAUCGGAGUCUGGGAGACAUUUCGUGGGAAUCCAUGGGAUAACAAAGGCGUGGAGAAGGCGGCAGGUGCAGGAUCGGGUUUGGUCAAUUUUGAGGCAAAGGUGCUAGCCAAGCGAGAGUUUUAUGAGGAACGGGAAGGAUUUUCUCCCCUCAGCCUAUUCAAGAACCCAAUGAUUCUCCUUGCCAUCUUUGCCCUUGGAGUCACCGUAGGAAUGCCUUAUUUGAUGGAUAAUAUGGACCCGGAGUUACGUGAGGAAUUCGAGAAACAGCGUGCUGCUGGUGUUCUUCCUGGCAGCGGUUCAAAGAGUGCUCCAAAACCAAGCUUCGACCUGGCAGGAUGGAUGGCAGGGACGAGCCCUGGUCCAAUGGAGGCCGCCAGAGUAGCUACAAGCACCGCCAGGGAAACCACGGACGAUGCACGGAGGAGAUGA